UAUAUAGAAUCGAAUCCCCGGCGAGGCAGAAAGAGUACGUGGCGAUGGCGGAGACAGACCUGAACGCGACUCUCGCCGUGGCCGAGGCAGCGGUGAACGCCACGACCAAGGUGCCCUCCACGCCCGAGGGCGUCGCACUCGCCUAUGGCUCCCUGGUCGUCAUGGCGCUGCUGCCCAUCUUCUUCGGUUCCCUGCGCAGCGUCAAGUCUGCAAAGUCCAAGGCGACGUCGGAGAUGACGGAGACGAUCACGAGCCGCGACGCCGCUCGUUUCCCGAUCAUCGCGUCGUGCACGCUCUUUGGCCUCUACCUCUUCUUCAAGGUGUUCUCGCAAGAGUAUAUCAACUUGCUCCUCUCCAUGUACUUCUUUGUACUGGGGAUACUGGCUCUGUCACACACGAUCAGUCCUGCCAUGGCCCGGGUGUUCCCGGGUCCAGCCUUCGCCUCCCAGUAUCAGCUGCUCUUCACACAGGGCACUGGGGAGGCACGUGAGGAGAUCUUGAACUACGAGUUCGACCGUAAGGACCUCUUCUGCCUUGUGCUGAGCUCUGUCGUGGGCGUCUGGUACAUCCUCAAGAAGCACUGGAUCGCCAACAACCUGUUUGGGCUGGCAUUUGCACUGAAUGGAGUGGAGCUGCUUCAUCUCAACAACGUGUGCACCGGGUGCAUCCUGCUGGGCGGCCUCUUCAUCUACGACAUCUUCUGGGUGUUCGGCACUAACGUCAUGGUGACUGUGGCGAAGUCGUUCGAGGCUCCGAUCAAACUGGUGUUCCCCCAAGAUCUGCUGCAGAGGGGAUUGGAGGCCAGCAACUUUGCCAUGUUGGGACUUGGCGACAUCGUCAUACCAGGAAUCUUCAUUGCUCUCCUGCUCCGCUUUGAUAUCAGCCUGAAGAAAAACAGCCGCACGUAUUUCUACGUCAGCUUCCUUGCCUACAUCCUCGGCCUGGGUCUCACCAUCUUCGUGAUGCACACCUUCAAGCAUGCUCAGCCGGCGCUGCUGUAUUUGGUCCCUGCUUGCAUUGGGCUGCCUGUGCUGGUGGCUCUGCUCAAGGGAGAGGUCAAGGAGAUGUUUAAGUAUGAAGAGACACCCCCGGAAAAAGCUACCGAGGAGUCGGUGCUCCCCAAGGGGCCCGAGGACAAAAAGGGCGACUGAACCCUGCACGCCGAUUUACUCAGUUUUUUUUUAUCAUGAUUAUUAUCGUUAUUGUCAUUAACGUUAUUAUGAUGAUAUUAAUUUCAUUUUUGUAUUAUUUAAACAAAAUGAAAUGACCCGCAUUUUGUAAUUUUUUGUCCAUUUCAAAUUUUAUUUCGCUUUUCGUGCUAAUUUUUUUUUUCAAUCGGGCGGUUCGCCUUGAAGCGGUUGUCUCCUGCGGAUUGAAGUGUUGACGCAAUGCAGUUUACUGCUGCACCGCACCGUCAGUCAUAGAUGGAGCAAUGCUUUGUUUUUGGCCAUAACCGAAGCCUCGGAUGGCUUUUAAUCAAACGGCAGAGAGUGUCACGAGAGAUGUCUUCUUGCCUGCAAAACAAAUGUCUCAUUCAAAUUAUGUUUCCAUUGGCCAGACAGAUCUCCGUCAACUCUGUAUCAUUGCCAUACCAAGUUUCCAGGGUUGCUCGUAAUAAACUCUGUGCAGGUGACAAUUCACCAGCGACUGUUUGUUUUCAGGUUUCUCCAGUUAAUCAUGUUUUGGAGGGGCGUGAUCACUCUGCCCUGCUGCGUUGGGAUGGUUAUAGUUCAUCCAUCCCCAGUACUGACCGGCCUUGCGCCAGCUUCAUUUCCGAGGUCUGACGACGAUUUGGUGUAUUCCGAGUUAGGUUUGGCUGGUAAAAUUUAUUUUUGCGAACCAGUAUCACCCAACCCUUGUUGAGCUGGAAUGCUCCACCAGUCAUUGUUCAGAACGACUUUAAUACAGUCUAAAUUCAAACAAGUCACAAUGCAGUUUGACUAAUGGUGAGUUGUCUUAAUUUAUCCCGGAUCACGAGUCAUUUAUUUCAGCGGCAACACGGUCGCUAUAAGAUCUGUUCCCCCUGAUCUAUUGUUUCAACACUUGAUGUGGUUCGUCAUUGUGCCGUCAUUCCAAGACUUUUAACUCCAAGCAAACCCCCUCAAUCUCUCCACAGUAAGGAUUUCUGAACGCAGUUUGUGUUCAGGAUUCCGUUGCCGACACUGGGAAGGAUUACUUUGGCAUUUUAUUCAUUUUCUUUUGGAGUAGCAACCUUAAGAGGUGGGGGAUUGAGUUACUCAAUACGGCAACGCAUUCAUAUAAAAUUCCAUGGCACGCUCCUUCACUGCAACACAGUUCCAUGGACGAGGCUGAAGCAAGAGGUCACGGAGUGUGUCACUCGUUUUCAACGGUUCCAGAAAUUUCGGCCAAUUUCACACACUUUUGUGAAAGUGAAUAGAUGGCUUACCCAGACGUAACUCGUGGUGGAGUUUUGGCACGUGGUGGUUAUCGCAAUGCGGUAUAAACCCAGUGACCCUUGGCAAUCAAGUUCGAUUGCAAAGGUUAGCACCGUUGGCGAGUGAUAUCCGAACCCACACUGACCAGUGUGGUGAAGUAUGCUCAAACAAUCCCCUGUGACCAGCACAGCAUGGGUGAAGAAUUCUUCAGGUAGAAAUAGGUUGACACAAGGUUGCAUUCCGAAAUGUAACGUGGAGUGAGCUCGAUUACAUGAUGCCUUUUUUUCAUUUAACAUUGCCCCUUUACGCAAACGGAGGAAACCCCCAAUAACGUGACAACCCAGCAGCAUUGAACAGGCCUGACAAGCCUUCUGAUGAGACUCAAAAUGUCAAAACCGCUCCACCAUUUGCGUGUUGAAACAAGUGCUGCUGCCGGACGUGUGUGUGUGUGGAGAGAAGCCCUUGAGGUUUUUUUGCAUCAUGGUAUUGAGAGUGCCGACCAAAUAUUGUUGGGAAAGUGAUUCAAGAUUUCCUACUGAAUGGUUGCGACGUGUGAACGUUUGGGUUGUGUGUCAAAGGGUUCCUUUGUGCUCUCUUUUUUUUAAGAGUCGAUCGAGAUUUUACCUUUAAACUGACGUUUUGCAGCAAGAACUUGAUGCGCUCUCCUGUCACGCGUAUGCAUUGUAUGAUAUUGUUCCUCUGGCUUCAGCCCGCAGUGUUUUAAAGUUUAAAAAAAAGCAAAUAAACUACCUUGAGAAUUAA